AUAAAAAAGAAUAAAAAACAAAGAAGAAGACUCAUCCCAUCAUCAUCAUCAUCACUGUUGUGUUGUGUCGCUUUAGAUUCUCUUCUCUCCCAUGGAUCACUUUUUCUCACCGGAGUACAAUUUCCCGGCGAUCACUCGCCAUAACUUAUCCAAUUCACUUCCACCAUCAUCAUCGUCUACGGCACCUCCACUCGAUACCCACCGUUUCUACAAUAAUGCUCUUUCCCCAUCCGCACCACCACCACCAAGCGUUCCUGUUUCGCCGGAGAUGGAGUCUAUGGAAGCAGUGGAGAAGAUUCUCAACUACAGAUUCAGGAACAAGAGUCUUUUAAAAGAAGCGCUUACGCACACCUCUUGUACGGACCAUCCUUCUUACGAGCGGCUUGAGUUCGUAGGCGAUAGUGCUAUUGGUCUAGCCAUCUCGAAUUACUUAUACCUAACGUACCCUAGCCUUGAGCCACACGAGUUGUCUCUGUUGAGAGCAGCUAAUGUGAGUACUGAGAAACUCGCUCGUGUCGCUCUUAAUCAUGGUCUCUAUCGAUUUCUCCGACGCAAUGCUCCUUCCUUAGAUGAAAAGGUUAAAGAGUUCUCAGAUGCGGUGGGGAAAGAAGAUGACUUUUCAGUGGCAUAUGGUGGAUUAGUCAAAGCCCCAAAAGUUCUUGCUGACCUUUUGGAGUCUCUAGCUGGAGCUGUUUAUGUUGAUGUCAAUUUUGAUCUACAAAGGCUCUGGGUGAUCUUUAGGGGCCUUUUGGAACCAAUAGUAACACUGGAUGAUUUGGAGAAGCAACCUCAACCUGUGUCUAAGCUUUUUAAGUUAUGUCACAAACAUAAGAAGCGAAUCGACAUCAGGAACUGGAAAGAUGGCAAUAACAGUAUUGCUGAUAUAUAUCUUGAUGAUAAAUUUGUGGCUUCUGGGAGAGCUGAGAAUAAAGAUAUCGCAAGGCUGAUAGCUGGUAAGGAAGCCUUACGCCAGUUGUCAGAAGUUCUUCCCGUUGAAAUGGUUAUUGAUGAGGAUAGUGUACAAAUUGAGUUUAAAUAUGCGAAAACAAAGUUGAUUGAGAUUUGCUUAAAGAAAAAGUGGCCUAAACCGAUCUACAGCGUUGAGGAAGAGAGAAGCUCGGUGAAAGGAAAGAGAUUUGUUUGCUCAGCUAAGAUUAAGAUCCCAACAAAAGAAAAUACAUUAUACAUGAAGGGAGAUGAACAAUCCAAGAUCAAGAAAGCAGAAAGCUCCGCCGCUUACCACAUGAUUACAGCCUUGAGAAAAUCACCUUAUCUCUAAUGCAUUACCACAUAGCUUCUUGUCUAAUGGUAUUGUAUCAUUUGUAAAAUUAUAUAGUUCAUUUACCUUGAACCAGAAUACCCUCUAACCAGGUUUGGUUCAUUCAAACAAGAUUUUUGUAAUCUUCUUAUAUGGUGACAGUUUAGGACAAGAAGCUAUGUCUUGUUUUAGGCAUAGGAUUAUAUAUGUAUUGUGUUUUGGUUUAGUUUGGUUUUCUUGCUGGUUUGGCUUUUGA